AAUUAUCAAUAACUCCUUAGAAUACUAUAUCUACUAAUAUUGCUCUAAUAAUGACAAGUAAUAAAUCAUGAACUAAAACAAUGCGAGCCUCGCACUGGGCCUCCAUGUCCUCACGGUGGGGAGGGUGAUCGGAGAGUGAGCACAGCCCGUUCCCUGCUGAGUUGACCCUGGGUCUGGGUUCUCCCUCGCCCUCGUAUCCCCACGGCGAGUAGGUACUAGACACUUGGUAGUGAGUGUUGCAACAGAGGACAGACUAUUUUUCCAUGCUUCAGGUCCUGUUCUGUGAGCUUGUGUGGCCUACCACUUUGUGGCUGAGUCGUUGUUGCUCCCAGACGUUUCCACUUAACAAUAACAGCCCUUAGUUGACUGGGGCAGCUCUAUUAUGGCAGAAACUUGACAAACUGACUUGUAGGAAAGGUGGCAUCCUUUGACUGUGACCCGUUGAAAGUCACUGAGCUCUUCAGUAACGCAGUAACCUGUCAGCAACAGGUGUAGUUGAAAUAGCCGAAUCCACUAAUUUUAAGGGUGUCCACAUAGUGUAUAUUACAAAUUCCAAUUGGUUGUGGCUAACGCUAACUAGGUGGAUUACAUUAGCUAGGUUAGGGUAAAGGUUAGGAGUUUGGAGUUAGGGAAAGGGUUAGCUAACAUGCUAAGUAGAUGCAAAGGAGCUCAAACAUAUGAAGUAGUUGCUAAUUAGCUAAUCCAACCAUCCUCCUUUCGUUUUUUGCCUGAAGCAACCUUCUGUUUUAUCUAACCAUACCAAACGCAACAUAUCAUACUCAUUUGAGUGUCCCGGAUUUCGGUUUACUAUGUUACAUCCAGUCUAUGAGACCAGCCUGUCAAGGGGAACAAACGCUGCUAUUUAUCUGUUACUUUUAUUUCUUAUUCUUAUUUUUUUUUAGAAUAAAAAUAUAUAUAUUUUAAACUGCAUUGUUGAUUAAGGGCUUGUAAGUAAGCAUUUCACUGUAAGGUCUACCUGUUGUAUUCGGCGCAUGUGUCAAAUACGAUUUGAUUUGAAAUGCAGCUAUUCUAACAAGCGAGUGGCUUUAAUCUGCUCUGCGCUUUUUAUUUAUGUCUGCUUAAAUUAAAGAACUGGACAUGCAGAAAGCAAUAUCGACGAGGACAAGAAGCCACUUUGGACUAUCAGUGCAUUCAUCAUCAUUGAGUAAAUGCGCAGUCAGUCUCAUUUUAGGCUGCACACACGCCACAACAGUCUGGAACUCUGAAAUAGUCCGGCAGUCGUGAGCGGGCGAGAAAUUACGUCAGUCUAGACUUCUCCGAAAAAGAUGUGUGUUCAACAUGAAUAGCCCCGUAUACGUUUGAACGCGUAUAAUUAUAGAACGGAUUUUUUUGACGGUGACAUUAGCUGCCUGUCCGCAUAUUCAUCCUAUGAAAGUCGUCGCCAAUAGGACAGCUAAAUUAUGGGCUCGAGAAGAUACAUUGUAGAAAAGCGGACUCAGACAACAUUGAGACAUUGAAACAAUAAUUUGGAGAGAGAGAGAUGGCGAGUGACGACCAGGUGGCCAUCUUGACGGAUGACGAGGGGUAUCAGAAGAGGAAGUAUGUCCUGGCAGAACCCUUCAACACCUUGUCCAACACCCUGGAGCAGAUACCGGUGGGCGCGGGCCCCACCUCUGCCUCCCAAGGUCCAGAGUCUCCCCCCACAGACAAACCUGACUCACCCUCCUCCAACCCCAGUAAUGACUGCCUGGAGAGGAACUGCGUGCGGAUCGACAACCACCUCCUCAUCUCCAAGGUCUUCUACUUCUUCUUCUAUGCAGCCUAUGGGUCCCUACACCCACUGCUGCCUGUGUACUACAAACAGCUGGGGAUGACUCCCAGUCAGAGCGGCUUGCUGGUCGGGAUCCGGUACUUCAUCGAAUUUUGUAGUGCCCCCUUUUGGGGGGUGGUGGCGGACCGCUUCAAGAAGGGCAAGGUGGUGCUUGUGUUCUCCGUUUUCUGCUGGCUGGUGUUCAACUGCGGAAUCGGCUUCAUCAAGCCUGCCUCCAUAACAUGCGUGGAGAGGAAACCCACAGUCGCACUCCCCACUAGCCCUGCCCACCUCGGUCUGCCGGCCAAUUACAGUAGGGACCGCAGGGGUGUGAUUGGAGACUUGUUUUCCCUCUCUUCGAAUCAACACGGUUUAGCAUCAGACUCAGUUAGUGGCGGUCCCCUGCACAGGUAUGUGAGGAGCGAUGGUGGUAAUGUCACUGGACCCAGCACUGUCACUAGACCUGUGCCUUCCCCCACCAUCACAACAACAACAUCUUCCCCUUCCACCACCCCCACUACAACAGCCAGCUCAAAACCUCCCUCAAAUCUAACCACAACCAAACCAACCACCACAACCAUUCCCAAAGUCUACCACAUGAUCUCCAACCACGACCAGGUGGAGACCAUCUUCCUCCUGAUCCUGCUAGUCAUCAUCAUCGGCGAGUUCUUCAGCGCUCCGGCUGUCACCAUAGUGGACACGCGCACCCUGCAGUACCUGGGCCCCCACCAGGACCGCUACGGCCUGCAGAGGAUGUGGGGCUCCCUGGGCUGGGGCCUGGCCAUGCUCUGCGUAGGCAUCUGGAUCGACCACACCCACAUCAAGCUCUUCAUCCAGGGCACUGGCUGCAUCGUGCCCGACUACAAGAACUAUCAGAUAGCCUUUAUUGUCUUUGGAGUCCUGAUGGCCGUAGCUUUGAUAUUGUCCACACAGUUUUACUUUGAGAGUAGUACUAGUGACCACCGGCCAAUGGAGGCUCAGCUGGAGGAGGAUAAGAGACAGGAGGCAGAAUCUCCUCAAAUGUCCAGUGACGUUUCAUCUCCCGAAGGGCAUGCGGUGGAAUCGUUAGAACCCCAAAGUGUCGUCAGCCAACCGUUUCGUUAUCAGGACCUCAUUCGGCUGCUGUGUAGCGUGCAGUACGGCUCAGUGCUCUUCGUGGCCUGGUUUAUGGGAUUCGGCUACGGCUUUGUGUUCACGUUCCUCUACUGGCACCUGGAGGACCUGAAAGGGACCACCACGCUAUUUGGAGUGUGCUCGGUGCUGAGCCACAUCUCAGAGCUGGUUGCCUACUUCACCAGCCACAAGCUCAUCGAGCUGGUUGGCCAUAUAAGGGUGCUGUACAUCGGUCUGGCCUGCAACACGGCUCGUUUCCUGUACAUCUCCUACCUGGAGGACGCCUGGAUCGUCCUGCCCAUGGAGGUCCUUCAAGGUGUGACCCAUGCCUCAGUGUGGGCAGCCUGUAUCUCCUACCUCAGUGCUGCAGUGCGUCCAGAGCUGAGGACCUCUGCCCAGGGUAUCCUCCAGGGCCUGCACCUAGGGCUGGGCCGGGGCUGUGGCGCCAUGGUGGGGGGAGGCUUCGUCAGUGUUUUUGGAGCGGCCCACACCUUCAGAGGGAUAGGAAUGGUGUCCCUCGUCAUCCUCCUCCUCUUCGCUCUCAUCCAGUGGCUGGCUGUGCAGAGUGGGAACAAAGAUCCCAGAAUGCUGGCGGAGAACAUCCCAGUCCCCUCCAGCCCUUUUCCCAUAGCGACCAUAGACAUUAUCCAAUCAAAUAACGGAGCCGCCACAAUGACACCACCGAGGAAGACCAAGCACCAGGAGGAUUUGAGCGAGCCUGCCUGGGUGGUGUCCGCCUCGCCCUGGGUCUCCCUGGCCUUCGCCCUGCACCAGAUCAGAGAGAUGGCUACCAUUGCCAGGAGUAGCCCUGCCAACAACCAUCCGCCGCUGCAGGAGAUAAAUGAGAUCGGCACAGAUGAACCAACUGAUCCCAGUGCCCAUCCUUUCCUUAGAACCUCCCCAGGCUGGUCCCUCUCAAGUGGGACCCGCUCUCUGACCAGGACCCCCCCCCCCCCUACGCCUGCUGAUCAACCAACCCUCUCCACGGGCCAACACACAGUAGGGGACUGGAAAGAGGGGACACGUUGCACAUUGAGGAACUGCCCUAAAAUGUUUUCGUUCCAAGCAACACCAAGUCAAAGCCCAUCCAUGCACAGCUGGGAAGUAAAGAUAAAAGAGUUAAGGAGUAUGAUUUAUACAGACUGGACAGGAGAGAAAUACUGACCAAAAUGAAGGAGGUUGAAUUCGUCCUCCUAGCAAGACAGGUCUUAACCAGCUGAGGAAAAACUCUUUGACCGAUCUAUUGUUACUCUGUCAAGUGGACAUCAAACGAGUAACAGAGUCGUAUUUAUUUUGCUCAUCCUGGAAAUCUGGGAUAGUGGGUUCGAUUGAAUAAGGCUCCAUUUGUCUCGCUGGCCAUCGAAGUGCCUGAGCCGCGGUGCUGUUGUAGGUCGGUGAUUCACACUCCUGUAGCAGUGCCACACUGAAUCCAAAACGCUGUGUGUAAUGGCUGCUUUGCUUGAUGUGGACUGUAGAGAUUCCUCUUUACAUCAAGUUUAGGUGCCAAUUCAAUAGGCGAACGUUGUGUAACGUUGCAGAUAGCAAUGUUAUUAAUGUAACUGGUUGGAUUACUUAUUCUACAUGUCAGAGAGACGUGUGUUCUGAGGUUGGUGGCACCUUAAAUGGAGAGGGCUCAUGGUAAUGACUGGAGUGGAAUCAGUGGAUCGGUAUCAUAUAUAUCAAACACAUGGUUUCCAUGGUUUCCAGGUGUUUGAUGCCGUUCCAUUUGGUCCGUUCCAGACAUUAUUAUGAGCCGUCCUCCCCUCAGCAGCCUCCACUGUUCUACAUACUAUGUUGAUAUCCGCCUGUUCCCACAACUUUGUGCUCUCUUGAAAGAGGCCCCGCUUUUAUAUGUAAAUGUUUACUGUGUCUAGUGACGAGUCUACCACCUCGGGGCGGCAGCGUAGCCUAGUGGUUAGAGCGUUGGACUAGUAACCGGAAGGUUGCAAGUUCAAACCCCCGAGCUGACAUGGUACAAAUCUGUCGUUCUGCCCCUGAACAGGCAGUUAACCCACUGUUCCUAGGCCGUCAUUGAAAAUAAGAUGUUGUUCUUAACUGACUUGCCUAGUUAGAUAAAGGUUAAAUAAAAUAAAAAAAUAUCAGCCACUGAUGCUGUGGAAGAAUAGAUACGUAAAAGGGUUUAUGAUAUCCACCAGGCUUUUAGGGUCUGUAAUUACUACAAACUAUAACACCAUGAGUUCUGUAGAGACUUUCUAUAUGUAUUGAUAAUGUGUCUUCAGGCCAAGAUGUCUAAACGUCAAAUAUUUCACUAUGAUCAUAUUUAGACAGAAAUAAUUGUCAAUGAUAUCAAACUGCUUUCCUCCCAAGGGACUAUCUAAAACAGUUGUAUUGUAAUGACCAUUUCACAUGCCUUGUCUGCUGUCUUCUACCUGAAAACUAAUACUCCUGGUGCACUGUGGCCUUUAUCUUUUCAAGGUGAAACAACAGUUUGCAAGACGUCACUGGAAAAGUUUUUUUUUACUACCACUUUGUUUUUUAAACUACCAAAAAUGUAUCCUUGUAAUUUAAUAUGAAGAACAUGCACCAAAUCUGAAAUCACUUUAAUGCUGUUUGAUAUAAAAUAUAUGUAAAAAAUAAAUAAAAAUCAAGCAUAGGCAUA